AUGGCAGACCGAAACCGCCGCCACCAACCAGUGGCAGCCGCGAAGAAGAGGCAGCCACUUGCCGAAGUACCCAGCAAGAUCAACACGCCACCGAUCUCCCAGCGUCACGCAAAGAUUGCUAAGCACACCAAGGCCAAUUCAUUCUCGCAUCCGAGCUUGCCUCACAACGAAUCUCUCGAGGCCAACGGCAGCCUGGCAGUUCGCAGCAGCGAGCAACCAGAAUCACCAGCGAACAAGCGCAUCUCACAGAUCUCAAAGGAUGAACGCGACUUGAAGCGAAACUCCGCCAUAUCGACUACAUCUACAGCAUCUGGACGGAGGCGGAAGACCUUCAUUGGUCACUGGCAGCUUGGAAAGACCAUUGGCAGAGGUGGCUGUUCUCGGGUUCGCGUUGUCCGCCACAGGUACAGGGAUCAAUAUGGAGCCGUGAAAAUUAUCACGAGGUCCGUCGCAGAGAGCACACGCGCUCAGAGCCUUGCCAACCUCAUCGAGAGUACGCGUGGGAUAAACGCACCAACGACAGCUGGCUAUAAGCCAAUCCCCUUCGGAUUAGAAAGAGAAAUCGCGGUCAUGAAGCUGUUAGAGCAUCCAAACAUCGUCAGGCUUUUCGACGUUUGGGAGAACCGCAACGAGCUGUACUUGAUCAUGGAAUAUGUUGAGGGCGGGGAAUUGUUCCACUUUGUGGACGAACGAAAAGGCCUGAGCGAGGAAGAGACUGUUUACAUCUUUAGGCAGAUCGUCUCUGCUCUGCUGUACUGUCAUCGGCUCCUCAUCUGCCACCGAGACCUUAAGCCCGAGAACAUACUACUCAACCAAGACGACUUGAGCGUCAAGCUCAUCGACUUUGGCAUGGCAGCACUGCAGCCAGAAGGGCGGAAAUUGAGCACACCAUGUGGCAGUCCACACUACGCUGCACCAGAGGUUGUGAGCAGCAAGCCAUACGACGGGAAACAGGCUGAUGUCUGGAGCUGCGGCGUCAUUCUGUAUGUCAUGCUGACCGGCACCACACCGUACAACUACGGCGAGGACGGCGACAUCCGGAUGCUGUUCAAAGACAUUGCACGAGCGAAAUACUACAUGCCUCCUGCCCUCAGUCUGGAGGCGCGGGACCUAAUCAAGAAGAUCUUCGUUCCGGACCCUGAAAAGCGCAUCACCAUGGACGGCGUAUGGGACCAUCCUUUUCUGCACAAGUACGAUGAGCAGCUUGGCCUGGUAGGUGUGCACGGCACCAAGGAAUCUGCUGUCGGCGUUAUGCCGAAGCUUGAUCAGUGGAAGGUCAAACGUAUCCAGGACAUCGACAGAGAAAUCUUGAGCAACAUGCGCACACUGUGGCACAGCGAGUCUGAACAGAGUCUUGUAAACAAGUUGUUGAACAAUGACUACAACCAGGAGAAGCUGUUCUAUGCUGCGCUCGUCAAGCAUCGAGAGGAGCACCUCGAGAACUACUAUGGAGAAGCAGACGACAUCAGCUAUUCGGCCAGUGACUACCAUCACAGUCGGAUGCCUCUUACCGACGAUGCUCCACCUAUGCCGGCCAAGGCACAGCGCACACAAUCGCAGUAUUCGAUCAUGAACGAUGAGCACCUUCGCCAAAGUCAAAGCUUUGUAGGCUCGCCACCGUCGAUGAGCAGCUACGACCCAUAUCGAGCUUCACGGGACCCCAUCUUGGACGCCAGAGGGGAGUACCUCAACGUACAUGUGCACCGCAAUGGAACGACGAGUACGCGCCGCACAACUCGAGGCCACAGAUUGAGGCACCCACACACAACGCGGCUGGAGAUGCUACAGCAGAGUAAUCGCCGCGCCUCAGCACAAUCAGCGACAAGUCUACCACGCUCGGGAAGAAGCAGGCCAUCGUUGCCUCGAUCAUCGAUGUCUCGCCACUCAUUGACGAGCUCACACUUGCCUAGCAGUCCUCCUGUCAUCGCUAGCAUGCGUCCUUCAGAUCUGCACAAGCGAGGUGUUAGCUUCUCACACAUACGUCGAAUUUCGACGACUAGUGCCCUGACCGGUCCAGAGUCGUCCAAAGCAUCAACUCCCGCGACUCCCAGUGUACCUGGUAACCUUCGACAACGUCAUUUGAAGCCACAGGCAGAGCACAGGGACAAUGCUAAUUCCAGCCCUCUGGCACACAUGGAUCAGUCUCUCAAGUCUCGAAAGGAGCGAACAGCACAGCUCGAGCCUUGUAUCAAGCCUCGCAAGACAGACACACCACAUCAACACAUGCGGAGCGAGAUCAGGAAGCACAGUGCAGAGCUCGAAAAAGCUUGUGAGGAGGCGUUCUUCCGGGACUCAUUCGGCUCCGGCAUGACUGCUCGCACCUCAGUGACAGACGGGCAAUCGCCAUAUGAUACGCCUCCAUCGUCCGUGUCUGCUGCUACUCCCGAGAUAGCCCAGAUCGCGGCGAAACCUCGACUACCGCCACGAGCACUUCCGGAGCUUCCAAAGAAAGACACGCCUAACACGUACUUGACCAGGACUCUUGAGGAAACCCGGAAGAAGCUGGAGGCUUAUAAAGGUGGUGGCGAAGACUACAGCGUCAAAUUUGACGAAGUUAUGAAAAUGCUUGAGAACAUCAAACCUAGCUCUACCGCCACGGGGGACAGGCGUGUUAGGACCGCUCCUGAACCCAUUAAGAAUUCGGAUCAAGCUGGAUGGCUGCCAAUCAUAUCCGAGGAGAGCACUGAGCGAAGCAGUAAGGAUGGCGCCAACUGGCAUCGCAGCGUUACCGACCCUGUGAACAGAGGCAAGAGACUUCAGGACAGGACUGUGCGCAUGGUGCCGCCAUCUUCAUCAGGAACUGUCGCCCCUCUGAACGUUCGAAAGCGGAGCAACGGAAGCCAGACGAGCAGCGUCGAACCCGCGAGGCAUCCAGCAGUCAAGCCUUCCAGGGAGACUUUGAAGAGCAAGCCCAAUCUGGAUAUGUCAGGUCUUACGUCUGUCGACGGUGAUACAACCUUAAUGAACCCAUCUGGGGUUCGCAAAAAGCGUUCUGGAUGGUUUGGCAGAAGCAAGAAAGACCACGGAGCACAAGAUGAUCUACCAGAAGUAUCAGGCUCGCCAGCAGUGAAGUCACCUGGCUCUGCUGAAUCGAGCGAAUUUCCCAUCAGAAAGUCACGCCUGGGUGGAGGUAAGAAGGGGUUCUCAAAGUGGAUUGGACGCAUGGGACGAGAGAAGGGCGUCGAUACAACAGUGGCUGAAGCCGGUGAGUUCUUUGCAGACACCACCAUGAUGACCCAUCACUCGCUCGACUCGCUCUUCUCAUCCUUGUCGCCGUCACCUUCGAGCAACGACAACCCGCCGCAGCCUGGACCAGAGCGAUCGUGGUUUGCACGUUUCUUCAACAUCAAGCCGGCAGUGCAUGUCUUGUGCUUCACGCUUCCACGUGGCAAGGCCAGGCAGGAGCUCGUCCUCCUGCUCAAGGAGUGGCGACAGCACGGCGUACGAGACCUGGAAUACCCUCACGGAACGAACACUAUCAAUGCCAGAGUUGACAAGAACAACACACUCGAGAUCAAGCCUGUGACAUUCCGUAUCGAGCUCUUCGUUGUGCUCGAACAUGGACGGAAGGUGGGCUUGACCAUCGCCCGCUUCGUGCAAGUCAAGGGAGCCGUCAGUGGCUUCCGCAAGGUCAUCGAGGUUGCUGAUGGAGUCAUGCGAGCACGUGGAUGGCUCGUGGAGGACGAGGAGAAGUGGAGAGCUCUCUGCGAGGUCGUUGCUGACUGA